AUUCCUGUGAAAGAACACACAUUCCCAUUGUGUCUCUUUCUUCUUCUCUCUCUCUCUCACGUAGGAGAAUCCGAGAAACUAGUAAAUUGUUGUAUUGAGGAGAAGAAAUGGCCAAAAUUCCCAUCUUCUUGGUGGGGCUUAUGCUCUUACACUGUUGGGUAGCCAUGACUGAGGCAGAAUACUUGAAAUAUAAAGAUCCAAAACAGCCAUUGAAUGUUCGAAUCAAGGAUCUUAUUAAUAGGAUGAGUUUGGAAGAGAAAAUUGGCCAAAUGGUUCAGAUUGAUCGCAGUGUUGCUUCUUCUGAUGUGAUUAAUAAGUAUUUUAUUGGGAGUUUGCUAAGUGGGGGUGGCAGUGUUCCAAAGAAACAGGCUUCUGCAGAGGAUUGGGUUAACAUGGUGAAUGAUUUUCAAAAGGGUGCUUUAUCAACUAGGCUAGGGAUUCCAAUUAUAUAUGGGAUUGAUGCUGUUCAUGGCCAUAACAAUGUCUACAACGCAACAAUUUUUCCUCACAACGUUGGGCUAGGAGCUACCAGGGACCCUGAACUAGUGAAGAAGAUUGGAGAUGCAACUGCUCUUGAAGUUAGAGCAACUGGAAUUCAAUAUGCCUUUGCACCUUGCAUUGCGGUCUGUAGAGAUCCAAGGUGGGGACGAUGUUAUGAAAGUUAUAGUGAAGAUCAUAAAGUAGUUCAAGCUAUGACUGAGAUCAUUUCAGGACUGCAAGGUGAAAUCCCUGCAAACUCACGAAAGGGUGUUCCAUUUGUUGCUGGAAAAAAGAAAGUUGCAGCUUGCGCUAAGCACUAUGUUGGUGAUGGUGGAACCACCAAAGGAAUCAAUGAGAACAAUACAGUUAUAAACAGGCAUGGAUUGCUUAGCAUUCACAUGCCAGCCUACUAUAACUCAAUCAUUAAGGGUGUUGCAACCAUCAUGGUCUCUUACUCAAGCUGGGAUGGUGAAAAGAUGCAUGCUAACCGUGAUCUAAUCACUGGCUUCCUCAAGAACACACUCCGUUUCAGGGGUUUUGUCAUAUCAGAUUGGCAGGGAAUUGACAGGAUUACUUCCCCUGCUCAUGCUAACUACUCGUAUUCCAUUUAUGCCGGAAUCACUGCCGGAAUUGACAUGAUAAUGGUUCCCUAUAACUACACAGAAUUCAUAGAUGGCCUAACCUUACAGGUGAAAAACAAUAUCAUACCCAUGAGUCGAAUUGAUGAUGCGGUGAAGAGGAUUUUGAGGGUCAAAUUUGUUAUGGGUCUGUUUGAGAAUCCAUUGGCUGAUUACAGCCUAGUUAACGAGCUUGGAAGUCAGGAGCAUAGAGAAUUGGCCAGGGAAGCUGUGAGAAGAUCUUUGGUCCUAUUAAAGAAUGGAGAAGGUGCUGAUACUCCAUUGCUUCCUCUUCCUAAAAAGGCUUCAAAAAUACUUGUUGCUGGAAGUCAUGCUGAUAAUCUUGGCUAUCAGUGUGGUGGCUGGACCAUUGAAUGGCAAGGACUUAGUGGCAACAACAUUACUAGUGGUACUACAAUUCUCAGUGCUAUUAAAAACACUGUUGACAAAGAUACCAAGGUAGUUUACAAGGAGAACCCUGAUUUAGACUAUGUUAAGUCUAAUGGUUUUGAAUAUGCAAUUGUGGUAGUAGGAGAGCAUCCAUAUGCUGAAACAAAUGGUGACAGCUUGAAUUUGACAAUCUCUGAUCCUGGUCCAAAUACCAUAAACAAUGUCUGUGGAGGAGUCAAAUGUGUUGUUGUACUCAUCUCUGGUCGCCCUGUGGUUAUACAACCAUAUCUUGACAUAAUUGAAGCCCUUGUUGCUGCUUGGCUUCCAGGUACUGAGGGUCAUGGUGUGACAGACGUCUUAUUUGGUGACUAUGGUUUCACUGGGAAGCUUUCAAGGACAUGGUUUAAGACUGUUGAUCAGUUACCAAUGAAUGUUGGAGAUUCUCAUUACGACCCCCUCUUCCCAUUUGGAUUUGGCCUUACAACCAAACCUCACAAGGCCACAUAGGAACUCAAGAUAAUGGUACCAUUUACCAUUCUCUAUUAAAGUUCCAUUUACCAUUCUCUAUUUAAACAUUGUCAUAUGUGUAGCUUGGAAUUUCAGUAAUUAAGUGCUGGGAUGCUUACAUAUUUUUUAACCUCAAUUGUUAAAGCAUCAAUUUCCAAAAUUGUAAUUCCCUUUUGCAUUUUCUAUUACUUUGUAAUCUCUAUUUUCAGCACCUAUUAAAGAGAUGAAGGAUAAUU